AUGGCUGAUGCUAGGACAAUGCAGUGCCUGCUCGCCGUCUCCCUCCUCUUCUUGGUUGCCCAUGCCCACGCGCAGCUGUCGACGACCUUCUACUCCAGAUCCUGCCCCAGCCUGGAGACUACCGUGUGGGAGGUGAUGAAGCAGGCCGUCGUCAAGGAACAGCGGGUCGGCGCGUCGCUUCUGAGGCUCUUCUUCCACGACUGUUUUGUCCAGGGCUGCGACGGGUCGAUCCUUCUGGACGCCGCCGGAGGCGAGAAGUCCGCUGGCCCGAACGCCAACUCCUUGCGUGGCUUCGACGUCAUCGACACCAUCAAGGCGCGCAUGGAGGCCAAGUGCCCCGGCGUCGUCUCCUGCGCCGACAUCCUCGCCCUUGCCGCGCGCGACGGAACAGUUCUGCUCCGUGGACCGACUUGGAAAGUGCCGCUGGGCCGGCGCGACUCGACGACGGCGAGCCAAUCCCUCGCCAACGCCAACCUCCCCAGCUCCGGCUCAAGCCUCUCCACGCUCAUCUCCACGUUCGCCAGCAAAGGGCUCUCAGCGACCGACAUGACGGCGCUGUCCGGCGCGCAUACCAUCGGCCUGGCCCGGUGUUCAACCUUCCGCGACCACGUCUACAACGACGCCAACAUCAACUCCUCAUUCGCUGCGCGGCGGCGCAAGACAUGUCAGCGAUCCGGCGGCGACAGCCACCUGGCCCCCAUGGACGUGCACAGCUCGAGGGUGUUUGACAACUCCUACUACCAGAACCUCAUGGCACGCCGCGGCCUGCUCCACUCCGACCAGGAGCUCUUCAACGGAGGGUCGCAAGACGCGCUGGUGCGGCAGUACAGCGCCAACCCUGCGCUCUUCCGGAAAGAUUUCGUGACGGCCAUGAUAAAAAUGGGGAACAUAAACCCGCUCACCGGCACCGCCGGACAGAUCAGGAAGAACUGCAGAGUUGUUAACAGAUAGCUAGGUCGUCUAACAGAUAGAUACUGAUCGGAACAUUGGAUGGUGGGGAUUCUGUAAUGUAGCAAUAGAUAGCACUACCAUAUGUAGUGUCGAUUCUUUUGAAGAACGUAAGCAGUGAUGGUUGAUGCCUGUUUAUCAAAUCCAUUGCCCGAACGUAAGGGUGAAUAGCCCAGAUGCGACAUCGUUGAGCUGAAUUGGAAGCGCAGCAACGGUUUUCAGAAGAAUAGCUCGCAUGCGACACUCGUUGCCUGUCCAAAUAGCUGCAGUGCGACACUCGGCUUGGAUCAUCGUUAGCAGUUAAAUUAGGAUGUGGGGUCCACAACUUAUCCAGCUCAGCUACGGCGUGUCUACCUGCAGGGCCGGACCCGCCACGUAUCCACGUCAUGACGCGGGACCCACAACUCGCAGCACAAAACAGAGCCGUCGCAGCGCAGAUCCAACCCAGCCACAUUCCGACCGUUGCAACCUCGCUCCCCCCUUCUUCUCCGGCGGCACGGCAAGGCGAGCGGUCGAUGUCGAGCUCCACCUCCGCCUCCCACUCCCGAUGGCCGCAAUUCGGUCCAGUGGAGAUGACUAGGUGCCCAGAUUGCCCCCGUACCGCGCUCCUAUCACGGCGUGUCACAAUGAGCGACAAGCAUGGCAAUCUUGGGCGCGAGUAUGUGAAAUGCGAGGGCAAGCCAGAGCUGGGGAAGGUGAGAUCUGAGUAAUCCCGCUUUCAAAUUGCCUGUAGUUUUGUCCAAUUUCUGUUUUUUCUACCGAUUUGGGAAUUUGGGAAAUGAUUUGGGAAUUAGGGUUCAUGUUUCGAUUUGGGAAUUAGGGUUCAUGUUUCGGCAAUUGGUUUCAG